AUGGAGGAUGAUAGAAUCGGCAACAACGAAGGUAACGGAGCCCCGACUCAGCGUGUACCAGAAAGCAACAACAAGGAUAAAGGAAAGGGGAAGUUACCGACCAACGAGCCGUCUAUUGUCGACCGUCUUCAUGCCUCCGGAAGGAUGGCCUGGAAGUCGAUAUCUUCAGAAAAUUUAAUGCCCAGCACUGGGCAGAAAACAGCCGACGAAUUUGGUACUGGUAACAUUGCUCAAAAACUGGUUGUGGCUUCGUCGUCAUCGUCACAUCCAGAGCAGGUGUCAAUUUGUGUCCGCGAUUCCGUCAAAUCGACCAUUCACGCACAGGACAGAUCGGAAGCGUACGAGUCAUUCAUCAAUGACAGCCCAAGUCAUCCAGUUUACACCGAGGGACAUGGCGAGGGCCAGACAACAUUUGCCAAACAAGAGGCUAUCGAUGGCACGAAUGUGGUAGAGCUAUUGUCACUGCAUGACGACAGGGUGGAACUGGACGAGGGUGGCGACAGUUUGUCACCCGCAGAGGCGACUAGGUUAGGGGAAGCCUUAUUUGGGCGAAGCAUUCCCAAUAACCGUGCUACUUGGGACCAGAUGCUUAAUUUCGACCCGGGCUUCACGACAACGUCAAAAUGCUCAUCGGCAGAGGUGCAGCAGUACAUGGGGGCCAAAGACAGAGCAGCAGCGCAGCAGGUAUGGCUUCGGCAGUGGAGCCAGGUCCUCUCAGCAUACACGAACGAGGUCUGGGGAGAUGUAAGCCAUCUGGUUGCAGAAGCUAAACACGAGGUCUCACAGCUAUCGACUGCAGAGCAGCAGGACAGUGGCGAGACAAAAGCUCUAAGACGUCUCCGACUCAUUUUAGCACAUGUGAGACGGCACGUUCACAAAAGUCCCACGCUUUAG